AACUGUAAUGACAAGUGCAAAACACUUGAGACGAUCAAUAAACCAUUCGGUUUUCGUUGUAUGUGUAGAUUGACUGCAGUUGCAAUGGAAAUGCAAUGUUAUAUAAGUAUUUUAAUUAGAAAGUAAAGUGCUGGUGCUGUUGCAUAGUAUAAUCUAAGGUUGUAAAAUGAAUUACUUGACGAAAUUUGCCUAUCAAAAAGCAAUUCGCUGGAAGCCAUACAGCACCGGAAGUGAACAUAUAACCCAUCAUGCUCGCGUUGUUAUUGCCGGAGCUGGAUUGCUUGGUAAUUCUGUGGCCUAUCAUCUCACUGAAAACGGAUGGAGCAACGUUGUAGUACUAGAUCAGCACACAAUUGGAAGCGGAACGUCAGACUUUGGUUCCGGCACAAUCGGGCUGUUCAAACCUACCCCUGAGCGAAACAUUAUCAUGGAAAGUUUGAAACUUUACGAGCGGUUGCAACGUGCUGGUCACAAUGUGGGGUUGCAAAAGUGCGGUAGCCUUAAUUUAGCACAAACGCACGAUAGGGUCAUAGCAAUAAAACGAAGGAUAGCAUACAAUGUACCUACCGGUCUGUUUUGUGAGUUUAUAGAUGCUGAAACGGCGAAGCAGCUGCAUCCGCUAUUGAAUGUGGAUGAUAUCCAAGGAGCAGUACAUGUUCCUGAUGAUUGCAUUGCAGACCCUGCACUGGUUCUGCAAGUGUUAGCAAAGUUGGCGAAACAAAAAGGAGUGAAAUAUUUCGAGGGAUGUGCGGUCAAAUGUGUCAAUACUAAAGCUGGACACGUUGAGAGUGUGGAAACGGAUAUCGGAACAAUAAAAUGUGAAUACUUUAUCAACUGUAGUGGUAUGUGGGCAAGAGAACUUGGGUUAAAGAGUAAAAUACCAGUUUGUAUACCUGCAUAUCCAGCACAGCACUUCUACGCUCUAUCGACCAAGCUGAACUUGCCAAAUAAUACUUUGCUUCCGUGCAUUAGGGACUAUGAUUCAAACCUGUAUGCCAGACAAUUUGGCGGAGAAAUGUUAGUUGGCUGGUUUGAAAAGAAUGCGAUACCUGCCUUCGAGAAUACGAAGGAUAUUCCCAAGGAUUGGAAAUCCAAUCUACAACAAACUACGACCGAGCAUUGCACUCCAUUAUGGGAGAAGGCGGUAGACCGAAUGCCUUCGCUUAGAGAUACACCUCAACCAAUAAUUACCAACAGUCCAGAUAAUUUCACUCCUGAUGGUCGUUGGAUUUUCGGGGAAACAGCCGAAGUGAAAAAUUACUAUGUAGCUUGUGGUAUGAAUGGUAACCCAUUACAAGGAUCUGGUGGUGUCGGUAAGGCACUGGCCGAAUGGGUAGUCGCUGGAACACCAACGAUGGACAUGUUACCUUUCAAUGUGCAGCGUUUUCUAGAUCUACACAACAAUCGACAGUAUUUGCAAAACCGCAUAAGAGAGGUCGUUGGUCGUCAGUAUGCUAUUCUGUACCCGAAUCAGAGCGAGUACAAUUUUUCCCGAAAACUGCGGUGUUCUCCGCUGUACAGUGUGCUAGAAAACCGAGGUGCCGUGUUUGGGACUAAGAUGGCCUACGAAAGGGCGUUAUACUUUGAUACUGACUAUGAACGAGGAAAGCCACUUCCUACAUUGCCACCCGGAAGUUUCUACAAGCCAAAGUUUUUCAAGUUCAUGCAAAAGGAAUACUUUGCUUGUGCACAACAUGUCGGUAUUAUUGAUAUAUCUUCAUUCUCUAAAAUUGAGAUCGAGCCCGGCGUACUGAGUAGUUCACAGAAGAACAGCGUGCUAGACUACCUUCAAACCAUGUGUGCCAACGACGUCAACAUCGAAAUCGGUCAUAUCUUACACACUGGAAUGCUUAACGAACGUGGUGGGUAUGAAAACGAUUGUAUGCUCAUACGACAAACAGAUGAUCGAUUCUUCAUGAUAUCGCCGUCAUCACAACAAACACGAAUUUAUGAAUGGAUGUCUCGGAAUCUGCCCCAGGAUGCCAGCGUUAAGCUGAACGAUGUCACAUCAAUGUACACAGUGCUCAAUGUGGUGGGGCCGAAAUCAACCCAACUGAUGAGUGAACUAUCCAAUUCGAACGUAAAGUUGCAACCAUUCACCUAUAGAAAAUUGAAUAUUGGCUACGCAAGCGAUGUGAUGAUUAUGACUUUUACACAUACAGGGAUGCCCGGUUACUGUUUAUAUGUUCCUUCCGAGUAUGCGUUACAUGUUUACGAUCGACUGAUGACCGUCGGGCGUGACUAUGGAGCACGUGAUGUAGGUACACUAACGCAACGGUUUCUGAGAAUCGAUAAAUUUAUUCCUUUCUGGGGGGAUGAGCUAACCAGCAUGACGACCCCUUUCGAAGCAGGUGUGUUUUACUCGAUUUCACAAUUGAAGAAAAAAGAGAACUUCAUAGGACGUGUGGCACUCGAGAAACAAAAACAAGAAGGACUCACAAAACGAUUAGUUCUGUUUCAUCUGGAGGAUAUUGAUAUCGACAAAGAUGUGUGGCCAUGGGGAGGCGAGCCUAUUUAUCGUAAUGGCGAGUUUUGUGGCACAGUGACCUCAGCCGGGUACGGGUUUGCUUCGGAAAAACUAGUAUGUCUUGGCUACAUUAGCCGUACACAACGAGAUAUGUCCAAAGUGAUAACUACAGAAUUUGUAAUGGAUAAAAAUGCAGUCUAUCACAUUGAUAUUGCUGGACGCUUAUUUCGUUUAACGCAACACAUCCAUCCGAAAGCGGCCUUGGCCAAAGCAAUAGCGGAACGUGAGCAACGCAAAACUUAUCGACCCACUGUUCUGAAAUUUAAGAAGCAAUUUCAAGCUUAAAGAGAGGAGUAUUUAACGGGUUUGUGAUAUUUAGAAUAUAGAUACCUAAUAAAUAUGGACAGUCAUUAGCAAUAAGGCUCAUGAUUAA